AUGGAGCUUGCCAUAUCUGCAGUAGCUGGUGAACUCGUGAGCCGAUUCGUCUCCUUCGUCGCCGACAGGUACCUCCACUCUAGCCGCUCAGCACAGUCAGAAGAGAAGCAGGUGAAGAAGCUGCAGCGGCUGCUCCUGCGAGCCCGCACGGUCGUCCAGGAGGCAGAUGGCCGAUACAUCACCAACCCCGGGAUGCUGGCGCAGCUCAGCAUGCUCACGGACGCCAUGUACCGAGGCUACUGGGCACUAGGGGCCUUCGGGUACAUGUCACUCGAAGAGACAGAGACUACUUCCAUGGAGGAGGGGGGAGUUCGCAACUCAUCUCCUCCUAAAUGUCUCCGCACGGUUCAUGGCAGCGCUAAGAAGAACAAGUCGAUGUACCUUGUCGACUUGCAAGGCGAGGUGGAGAGCUUGGAGGAUGUCAUCACCGGCAUGAUGGAGCUUGUUGUUCUCUUGGGCGGAUGCGAUCGUAUGCUGCGUAGGCCUUACGACUCGUACCUUUACAGCGACAACAUCAUGUUCGGACGCUACGCCGAGAAGCAGAAGCUCCUGAACUUUGUGUUGCAGCAUGGCUCUCCUGGUGACGCUCCGGCUGUUCUCCCAGUCAUCGGCGGUCCAGUGGUCGGGAAGAGGACCCUGGUCGCCCAUAUAUGCAAGGACGAGAGGGUCAGCUCACACUUCUCUUCGAUUCUGCACCUGAAUGGAGAUUCCUUCUGUAGAAUCGCAGACCAUGGUGGUAUCAUGUCAGGCAAGAUACUGGUGGUUGUUGAGCUUGUUUCAGAUGUUGACGAGGAGGAUUGGGCCAAGUUCUGUUUAGCCGUAGCAACAAGCAUGGAUAAUGGAAGCAAGGUGAUCAUCAUCAGCCACCUUAAAAAUUCAGAGCGACUCGGAACCGUUGAGCCAAUCUUCCUCAAAACCCUGUCAUACGAGGAGUUCAGCUACCUAUUCAAGACACUAGCAUUCGGGAGUGCGAACCCGGCACAGCACCCACGGUUAGCGUGGAUAGCAGACGAGCUGGUCAGGGAAUUCCAACCCGAAUGGUCAAUCGGCACUGCAAAUCCGUUUGCGGACAUCAUGAGGAGGAACCUCAGCGUCCAUUUUUGGCUCUGCAUCCUGAGCGGGCUGAGAAGGGUAGUCGAGAGGAACUUAUCCCUGUUUGGGGAGCACCCGAAGCUCCUCGCCCGGAGACGUCACCAGGUAGACGUUACUGACUUGGUCUCGCAUCCCAUGGAUUCUCCACUCCGGGUCGUGGCUUCCUGUACCAGUGGCAGCAGCCACACUGAAGUUACAGUGGAAAGGGAAUUGCUACCGAGGGUGAGGUUUGGGGAUCUGUUGACGGGUCCUGGAGUUAGACCACAAGGGGAUUUCAAUGUGGUUACUUGGGAAUCAAGAUUGCCACCUUACACCUCGUAUGUUCAUUUCGCUACAAGUGGAAAUGGUGCUCCAGGUGUGGCGCAACAGAGUACUCCCCUGUCUGGGAGGAAGCGUGCAGCAGUGCCUUUGUAA